AUGCCUCCGAGUCAACCAGGAGCAGAUGAUGUAUGUGAGUCUAAAGUUGGGGCUGAUCUUUUGGACAUCUUUCGUAGAAAGGAAGAAACAUUAGCUCUAGAUGCACGAUUUGGAGAUAGCAAACUAAACCUUGUCUCGCCCUCACUGUCACCAUUAAUCCCAUCUCCAUCUCGUGUAAAAGGAGGAGGUUGUGGUCGAGUAAAGUUUGGGAUUAAAUCUGCAGCUGUUAGAGUAGAAGGAUUCGAUUGCUUAGACAGGGACCGCCAAAACUCAAGCAUACCUGCCAUGGCUUAGGAACGCCAAAACUCAAGCAUACCCACAGGUUUUGUUAUUUAUCCCUUCAAGUAGUUGUUUCCAUUUCUUUGUGGAUUGUGAAUUUUAUAACUUUCUUUGA